CAUUUUGUUUUAUUAUGGCAAGUCACAAAACUUGCAAGCUUUUUGUUGUUUUGUUUGUUAUAUCACUAUAUUGUUGUACACUAGUGCAAAGCGAUAUCAUAGGAAUCGAUCUAGGGUCCGAUUAUUUAAAAGUUGGCAAGGUACAAUCAAAUAGGGGUGUUCAAGUGGUUCAUAAUGAACAGUCGAAAAGAAAAACACCUUCUGUUCUCGCCUUUCCACCAGAUGGAUCCUUUCUGUUCGGUGAUUUGGCAGUAGCUUCAAACUCUAAAUUUCCCAAUCGGACGGCACUACAUCCACUUGAAUACCUAACAGGAUAUGAGGAACAUCGAUCGCUUCUAGAAGAACAAGGCUUUUCUCAUAGUGCCCAAAUAUAUGCUCUAUUCUUAAAGCAAGCUCUGAAGAUAGCCAAUGCCAGUCAACACUCCGUAGUGGCAGGUCUGGUGAUUCCUCCUUGGUUGAAUUUGCAGCAGCGUCAAAAUGUGCUCUUUGCUUGUGAAAUGGUAGAUAUAUCUUCUGUUGUUUUGAUUCAUAGCAAUACAGCUUGUGCUGUCAAAUAUUUGUUAGAUUGGAAACCUGAACAACCUCAGUUGGUAUUAUUCAUAGAUAUUGGAGUAGAAAGUACUAUUGCUACCAUUGUUUCAGUUGCGUAUCAAAGUACAGGAACUAGUGUGACACCACAAAGCUAUCAUUUACAAGUGAAGAGCCAUUCUUGGGAUAAAACUUUAGGAGGAAAGUAUAUUGAUGAGAGACUGGCAAAUUGGAUUGUACAAAAAGCAGCUACCAAAGGACAAUUGGGUGCUCAUUCUCCGUCAUUCAUCAUGAACCAUGCAAAGUGUCAAACAAGAGUGCUUCAAGAAGCCAAAAGAAUCAAGGAAAUCUUAACCGUCAAUCAAGAAACAGUGGCCAGUUUGGAAAACAUAAUAGACUCCAUCGAUAUCCAAGUUCCCAUAUAUCGAAGGGAAGUAGAGGCGUUGCUUAUUGAUUCCCAUUCCAUUUCCCGUCUAGUCAAUCAUUCUCUGACGUUGGCCAAUCUUCAAAAAGAACAAAUCGACGUCAUUGUACCUUUUGGAGGAACGAGUCGGAUUCCUUUGAUACAACAUCUUUUGAAACAGUCUUUGAAAGAGUUGAACAAAAGCAUUCACGCAGAUGAGGGAGCCGUUUAUGGUGCAACAUUCUAUGCUGCCUUAUCUAGUCCAAAGAUACGUUCAAGAGCUCUUUCCAUCAAAGAAUGGCAAACAUUUGACAUUUGGAUACAAAUCUUCGAUUCCAACGAAACUUGUUUAUGGGAUGCGCCACUGGUUCAAAUAGGAGAAUCCAUUCCAACGACGAAGGAAUUCAUUUUUCAUCCAAAGAAUGAUUUCGACAUUCAUUUAUAUGCCUUUCGAAAUGAAAGUAUGGUAUAUUUACUGGAGAAUACUCAACUGUAUCCAAAUGAGUCUUCUCGACAAUGGUUGGGAAAUACAACCUUUCAUGUGAACUUUAUGGAUUCUUGUGACUACUCGAAUUCUUAUGUCCGCAUGGAGAUUGGCAUGAAUAUCCAAGGUUUUAUCUCUCCUCCCGAGUUGGAAUGGAUAUGCACAGAAAAUAACAAUCUCACAGAUACUGUCAACAAUACAUCCAAUACCAUGGCAACAGGAGUACAAAAGGAACGAAGAAGACAACUGCUAGAGGUAAAGAAUAUUCAAUCCAACUAUGGGCUUCUUCUUCCUUUUUGGAAUCAUUCUACACUGGAACAGUUAAAAGUGGAAUUACAACAACGGCAACAAAGGGAUGCUGAAGUGCGUAGACAUUCGGACAUGUGCAAUGAAUUGGAGUCUCGUAUACUUUUGUAUCGUCAACGAUUGACGGAACAAGGUCAUGAGUGGAAUGUCUUUACUUGUGAAAAGGAGAGACAAAAAAUAUUACAUAAUUUGGAACAACUGGAAAGUUGGUUGUAUUCAUAUCCUCAGAUGAGCUUGAUUCAACAAAAACAACAGCAAAUGCAGGAUUGGAUUCUCCCCAUCCAGGAACGAAUUGAAAUGAAUCGCAAAAUACAAAAGGCUGUUGAGCAGCUGAAUAGUACUCUUAUAUUUGCCAAGCAAGUUUUGGAGGCAGGGAAUAUUUCGAUGAGUCCUGAGCUAUCAUCCAGCUUGGACUCGGAAGUGAAUGAGUUGGAAAAGUGGUUGAACAACAAAUGGAAUGAAUAUAUUCAAAAGGCACCUUAUGAAGAAUCGCGUACAAAAAAUCACAGAACUUUAUAGAGCUGCAGAACAAUCAAAUAUGGCUGAAGGUGACCACAAUCCUG